AUGGCAUCGAGCAGUCACGUGGAUUUCGAUUUGAAUGAGCAGUAUGCUCAGAUUAGUUUGGAGGAUGAGGAAGCGGGUGUUCUGAUUGGGGGAGACGAUGAGGGAGAUGAGACGACUUUCGACGAUCGGUGGUGUUUGGUGGGGAGGUUUCUGACGGGUCGACCGGUGGACUUUGAUGCAAUGCGCCAUUUAAUGGCUUCUCUUUGGCAGCCGGGUAAGGGUGUCUUUAUCAAGGAGUUGGGUACGAAUCGUUAUCUUUUUCAGUUUUUCCAUGAGUUGGAUGUCCAAACUGUUAUAGAUGGUAGCCCUUGGACGUUCAAUCGAAGCCCUCUUGUUUUUCGUCGUCUGAAUAAGGGAGAAGAUCCUAAGGAAGUGGCGCUUCACAAGCUUGAUUUCUGGGUUCAGAUUCAUGAUUUGAAAUCUGGAUACAUGUUGGAAAAGGUGGUUCGGAGUGCGGGUGCUUAUAUAGGUACGUAUGUUAAAUCGGAUCCUAAGAAUUUUAAUGGUAUUUGGAGAGAGUACUUGCGUGUUCGUACUACGGUGGAUAUCGAAAAACCAUUAAAGAGGAGGAUGAAACUUUGCAAGGAGAAUGGGGAUUGGAUUUGGGCGAAUUUUAAAUAUGAACAUCUUCCUACCUUUUGCUUUGUUUGUGGCAUAAUCGGGCAUGCGGAUAGAUUUUGUCCUAAACGUUUUGAUCAACCUAUUGAUCAAUUGGUCAAACCAUAUGGUGCGGCACUACAGGCGGAUCUGAAGAAGAAAAAUUACUUAGUUGGUGCUAAGUGGCUUAGGAGUGGGGCCGAGGAGGGUGGUGCGGCGGCUGGCCGUGGUGGUGGGGGGCGUGUGAAUGAAGAUCGUCAUGGAGUUAAGGCUAUCCCAAAGAUCAUGGAUGUUGAUUGUGUUGACCAUGUUGGUGAUCAUGAUCCCAUGAUUUUAGGGAAGAGUAAAAAGAAAGAAAUAAUUAAGGAAAGUGGGAGGGAGAUUAGGCAAUCGGCUAUAGAUGGAAAUUCAGAAUUUAUGGAAAGUGAUGAUGAUGCAAAUAUUGAGGAAGAUUUGGUUGUGUUAAUGGAAAGUAAGAGGAGGCGUACUGGGCGUGUGGGCCUUGAAGCUCACGUGGAGGGGGGUUCGGCUAAGACUGUUGUUGAGGAUGUUGGUGUUAAUGGGUCAAAAAACGAUUCACAGGUGGGCCAUGGUGUGCAGGCCCACCCAUCAUCAUGA